GCUGCGCUGUUUGUGACUCUGCUCCUUUCUCCGCCGCUGUCAGCUAAUCUGCCGCUGCUCGUCUUCUUUGUACCUUUUCAGAAUAUCAAAGUCCGGUUAAUGCAGUCGCUGAUCAUGAAGAGCUCCAAAGAGGCCGUGCAGUCAGCAGCCAAAGAGUUUCUGCAGUUUGUCAACAGAGGAGUGUCUCCGUAUCACGUGGUUGAAGAAUGUCGCCGACAUCUGCUGGAGGCUGGGUUCAUCGAGCUCAAGGAGACGGAGCAGUGGGACAUCAAGCCAGCCAGCAAGUACUUUGUGACCAGGAACUUCUCCAGCCUCAUUGCCUUUGCAGUGGGUGGACGCUACCUGCCGGGAAACGGCUUCUCAAUGAUCGGCGCCCACACAGACAGCCCCUGCCUCAGGGUGAAGCCGAGGUCUAAGAGGACCAAGCAGGGCUGCCUGCAGGUCGGCGUGGAGUGCUACGGCGGCGGAAUCUGGAACACCUGGUUCGACCGUGAUCUCACCAUCGCAGGCCGCGUUAUGGUCAAGAGUGGCGGGAAGCUGGUGAAUCGACUUGUUCACGUCUCCAGGCCUCUGCUCAGGAUCCCUCACCUGGCCAUCCACCUGCAGCGGGACAUCAACGACUCCUUCGGGCCCAACAAGGAGAACCACCUUGUGCCCAUCAUCGCCACUGCCGUCCAGGAGGAACUGGAGACAGGCUCGGCGUCCUCUGGAGACGCCUCCUCUGCUGCCAGCACGGCGGAGAAACACCACCCAGCGCUGGUGAAGGUGCUGUGCUCGGAGCUGGGAGUCGAGCCAGAAGCUCUGCUGGACUUUGAGCUGUGUCUGGCUGACACGCAGCCUGCGGCUUUAGGAGGCGUUUACGAGGAGUUCAUUUACUCUCCUCGUCUGGACAACCUGCACAGCUGCUACUGCGCCCUGCGGGGGCUGAUGGAGUCCUGCACAGCAGACUCUCUGGCUAAAGAUCCCAACGUCCGUAUGAUCACUCUGUACGACAACGAGGAGGUGGGAUCAGAGAGCGCUCAGGGCGCUCAGUCCAACCUGACAGAGCUCAUUCUCAGCCGCCUCGCCUCCUCCCCCUCCAACCUCACCGCCUUCCAGCAGGCGGCGCCGCUCUCCUUCAUGAUCAGCGCUGACAUGGCGCACGCCGUGCACCCCAACUACCAGGAGAAACAUGAGGAGAACCACCGGCCGGCUUUUCACAAGGGCCCGGUAAUCAAGUUCAACAGCAACCAGCGUUACGCAACUACGGCUGUCACCGCCUCCGUUGUCAGAGAGGUCGCCAGCCAGGUCAACGUGCCGCUGCAGGACGUGAUGGUCCGUAACGACAGCCCCUGUGGAACCACCAUCGGUCCCAUCCUGGCGGCCCGUCUCGGCAUCCCCGUGGUGGACAUCGGCUCCCCGCAGCUCUCCAUGCACUCCAUCAGGGAGAUGUGUUGUACAUCCAGUGUUCUACAGAGCACCACCCUUUUCAAGGGUUUCUUCGAGUUGUUUCCCACCGUGAGGAGCACGCUGGUCGUUGACUAGAGCUGGGACAGCCACAGCUGAUCGGGAAUAAAGGAUUAUACAGACAUUUCAUUCUCAGUGAACCACUGCAUUAUUUUAAAAUCUUCUGCAAAUCUGCAGUGCUUUGUUUGUGAUUUAAAUGCCAAAAAAACGUAUCUUUUAAAAUCACCUGACCCCCUCAGAAUCAACUAAAGUAUAGUGACUUUAGUAUAUUUAAUGAAACCAGGCAAAAUUCAACCAGUAUUUUAGUGUUUUGGAUCUUUCAUAGCUUCAAGUACACAUGAUGUUAUCAGGGCUGAAAAGCACAUUUAAAUUGUUUUUUAAAAACUGCAGCCAAAUCAGUUUGUGGCACUUUGAGUGGGUGUAAAUCUGAAGAGUAAAUCUUGUUUCUAUUGAUCUGUUUUCUGAUGAUUCGCUGGAGAAAACUUUCAAAUGUGCGCUUUGGGUAAACUUUCAAGGGACAUUAUCACCAUGCGUGACAGGCGGACUGUUAAAAAAGAAGUUCUAGGAUAUGAAAAGUCUCCUUUUUCCUUACAUUUGGAUACCAGGCUUAUCUUCUAGUCGUGAUUCCUUCUGCAGUUGAAAUAACUUUUAACACUCUGAGCCACAUUCAUACUUUGGUUUAUUCUCUCCCCUUUAAGCACUUUUUCACCAUCUCACACACUUACACUCCAGUACUGUGUGGGAGCAGUUUGAGAUUCAGUGUCUUGCCCAAGAACACUUUGACAUGCCAAGAGAGACGCAUGAAGUUCACAUGUUGUGUAUAAUGAUUUAGAAAUAUAAUAAUGCGACAAAUUAACUUUCAGUGCAUCGAGAUCAGUGGUGCUCUCUUAGCGAUAUAAAAUCAACCAAAUAUGAACCAGAUGUUCCCACCUGUACCUCAGACUCACCUGACCAUGUUUACAUGUUAUGUUUGUCACCAAUUUAAAUUUGGAGCUUUCCAGGGAUACUGGAUUUUGGGUGUAUAUUUGGCUCUGUUGCAGUUUUGAGCAGAGCUUAAAUGUGUAUAUGUUCUUGUGAAAUUUGAACAGAUCAAAAAUGCUGGAAAAAUAAUGCGGAUGAUGCACUUCGAGGGGCCUGUAACAUUAAAUAUACUGAAGUUACUGUACUUUAUAUAAAAUGAGCUGAUUCUGAGGUGAUCGAGUGGGAGUGAGAGUGGGUUGAAUCCUUUUAUAAAAAUGUCUUUUCUUGUGUAUGGAUGAUUCUAGGUUUUAAAUCUGAUCUUGCUGUAAUUAUUGUGUUCGAUUAUAUCGGACGAAAAAGCUGCACUACUUCAAGACCUCAUGUCUUUCUUAUGAAAUGAAAUUGUGUAGAAGAAACUUUAAAAAAAAUGUUU